GUCAAACAGAGAGUGUCAGAUUGAUCAGCACCACCGUAACCAGUGUCAGUACUGCCGUCUGAAGAAAUGUUUCCGGGUCGGUAUGAGGAAAGAAGCGGUCCAGCGUGGUCGAAUCCCUCCCUCCCAUGCAGGCAUCAGUCCAGCCUCCAUGGUUGGAGUGGGUGGUGAUGUUGGAGGAGGUCACGGCAUGGGUGCUGAUUUCUUCAAUGGUCAGCCAGUGUCUGAGCUCAUCUCUCAGCUGCUGAGAGCAGAGCCGUACCCCAACAGCCGCUACGGAGCCCAGUGCGGCCAGCAGCUCACAGGAGCCAACAGCUCCGUCAUGGGCAUCGACAAUAUAUGUGAGCUGGCAGCCCGGCUGCUCUUCAGUACCAUAGAGUGGGCCCGGAAUAUUCCCUACUUUCCUGACCUGCCCGUGUCGGAGCAGGUGGCCCUUCUGAGGCUCAGCUGGAGUGAACUGUUCAUCCUGAAUGCAGCUCAGUCGGCUCUGCCACUGCACACGGCGCCCCUGCUGGCAGCUGCCGGCUUUCACUCCUCCCCCAUGCCCGCUGACCGCAUCGUGUCCUUCAUGGACCAGGUGCGGGUUUUCCAGGACCAGGUGGACAAGCUGGCACGACUGCAGGUGGAUUCUGCCGAAUACAGCUGUCUGAAAGCCAUUGUUCUGCUCUCACCAGGUGCGUGAU